AUGGACAACAGUGUGGAGGGAGCUGCAGCCAGCCCUGAGGUGCCCCAGGAACUUCUGGAAGAAAUGAUUUGGUUUUUUCGUGCAGAAGAUGCGGCUCCUUGGAAUUAUUCCAUCCUGGUUCUGGCAGCCCUGGUGGUGGUGAUAAGCAUGGUCCUCCUGAGAAGGAGCAUCCUAGCAAACAGAAAUCGAAAGAAGCAGCCACAAGACAAAGAAACACCACAAGUCCUGAACCUAGAUGAUUCCAAGAUGAAAGAAGACAGCAGCCUGAGCAACCUCAGAGAGACACUGAUCUCAGAGAAGCCCUACGUGCCCCCAGAGGAAACUGAGUUGAAUGAGAAAGCUGCCCCACAGGUCUUUCUACCAGAGCCACAGGAAACCGAGAGCUAG